GCUGGAUCGAGUGGGUCUGGACGUGGGCCCCUGUAGAAGAAAUCUCAUCGAAGGCCGACGCAGAAACGCAUCCAGUGCGCAGCUUCUUGGUCUCUGCCGAGCAUAAGUCUGAAACAAUAAGCACGAUGGUUCUUGUGGAAACACUUCACAGAAUCCGCGCAGAGUCUCGCACUGAGAAACAAGCCCUGCGACGUUGCCGGUACGUGAUGGACACACUUGGCAAGUUUCAAGAAUGUUGGCGAAGUACCACGAUCGAGGUGGAGCUGAGUUUUCCUAAUGUCAAGGGGAACCAAAGGAGAUUACACACUGGCAACUGGAAGACGUGCCAUAACCUUGCUGCGUCGGCGCAUAGUACUGCUUUCUCUCGUGAGCUUAAUGGCGUUCGUGCAGCGUUGGAACAACUGAAGCAAGAGCCUCGCAAAUACAUCAAAUCACUCGAGAAAACGCGAAAGAGAUACGCCGGCGCGGAUCUGUGGAAAUCAGAGCAACCGGGUUGGAAUGUAAAAGAUCAAGACUACAGCGGAUGGCAUGCAAAGAGUGACAGAGAACAAGCGGAGUACGGAAGACGCAUGAGGACAGAGGUGCGAAGGGCGGAGUUUGCGCCGAAAUGUGAAACCAAAGAGAGACUAAUCUACUACACAGAAAAAACAGCGGAACUCCGUGCGAUAGAUGAGCGUGCGCUAGAACGUCUAACACAGUUCCAAAAUUUGCAAAAGCACCUUCUGCGAUCGGAUGUUGGGGAAAAAUACUUAUCGGCGACUCGUCAACUUCGUUGCGCGAUGUGUCUCCUUGUUUCGCCUUUGGCUUUUUAUGUAUUUCCGCCCCGGUUUAUCGAUGUCCAUGAGGAUUGCGAGCGGCUUUGUUAUGGCUCGGCUUUUGUGGUUUUGGUCUCUUUUCUAAAUCUGCUCUGGCUCGUUCUUCUUAUUAGUUUCUAAUGUGAUCUGUCUUACUCCGUAUUUGCUUCGAAGCUCGCCAGCAUUUUUCAUUAAUCAGGAAGCGCGCUCCUUUCUGCUCUUCAGCUACCCAGUAUAAUUAUGCUGCGUGAGGUUACUCCUGUGGUGCGUGGCUUCAUCCUCCACCAGGAGGAACAAACAUGAAAUAGCUGCACAUACUAAAUUGCUUCUCCAUGCAUCUUCUAACCUUUGUUCUAUCUCGUGAAGCGAGCGAGUUUCGUUGCGCAGGGUAUCGGGCUUUUAACUGAAGAAGCAGCUCGUAUAAGGAAGCGGAAGACAGAAAAGGCUAUUGCAGUAGCGCGGGGUGCUCUUGGUCUGGAGUCUUCUGUUUCAGGAGCAAUCAUCGAGCCAAUUCCUGGAAGUGAGGCGCCUGAUCUUGGCGGGGGUGACGAUGUUCCCAUGUCUAUGCUUGACGAAGUCCAUGCGUCUGCAGAUGUGGCUUCAACGAAUGCAGCAACUGUGCACACAUUACCGGAACCAAAGGCGAAGGCGAAAGCUAAGUCAAAAGGAAAGGCAAAAGCGAAAUCGAAAAGAAAAGCUGGCGCAGAGAAAGAAGCGGCGACCGUUGGCGAUGGGACAUGUGAAGCCACAGGUGACGGCGAUAAAGAUGCAGCGGGCUUCCCCAGUGCUUCUCUCGCCGAUCCUUCUCGAGAAUUAAUCGUUGUGAUCGCGAAGAAGUUGCUCGAAGAGGGACGCGAACACCUACCAAAACAAGAGCAGAGUACUCCUGCGGCAGCGUCAUCUUCUACGCGCAGUUCAAAGAAAGCUGCCAAAAAGGUUGCAGCAAAAAAGCGGAAAGCUGCGCCAGCCUCAACUUCGGCGGCAACUGCGUCUGCAUCGUCAUCAGCUCAGGAAGCUCAGCAGGAGAGUCGCAGUUGUGCUGUUGAGGUAGCAGCGUACCUAGUCACCUGGAGCAAAUUGAACAUCGACAGAGCGUCGCUUCUUCCCCUGCGUGAUGCUGCCGGGGGGUUCCUUCAAUCAUUUCGAGAACAGGUUGGGAACCACACACCAGAUCCCGCGUCUGAGCUUCAUCAUGAUGUCGCGGGUCGUUUACAACUUAUUCGUGACAUUGCGGGCGACGUCAAGGAAAAAGAGCUAGUACUAGACCAGCACCUCACGCGGGAUACCAGUUAUGUGAACGCCGAUUUUCUGGACGCAGAACCUGAGGAAAUAUAUUACUUCUCUGCGGAUUUCGAUGUAGAAACAGACGACACCAGGCGGGACCUUAGAAGGUUUGUACGCAGCCGCGUGCGAAUAAACGACGACGAAGAGUCUGGCCCUGGGUUGACAUUUUGGCGCGAUGUGCCAGUUCGCGAGGAUGCGCAUUUACGGAGCGAUGAUGGGCGAGCGCUCUAUGUGGUUUUUUCUAACUUUUUGCCACUUGUGCCGAAACGACGGGAACGAGCUCCAAAGGCUCUCUCCACACUGGAGAGGGACCUGGGUGCCUUCAAUAGGAGGAAUUUUUUAUUCCGUCGGAGACAACGACCUGGGCGCAGCUAUGAAGUUUAUCAAUUCUUAUGGCUAUCAGAUUAUCCCACUGCUGUAGUUACUAUAGUGUCGCAGAGCACACGCGCCGCAAAAAGAUCCAGGCAGUGCUGAGAAGAGUGAGUAGAGCAAUCAUUGGCAUGAAUGGCAUCGCCGAAGAAUGGCGUUGAUCUUGUGGGUUCUUAUUUUAUUUAUUGGUUGCUAUUUUUAUACAGCAGGGCCCACAGCAGGGCGCGACUCUGGCCAGCGUCUUUGUUGUUGUAAGUUCCUCUAACCCCUGCAGACCGCAUGUCGGAGCUUCUAGUAGGCGAAGGGAUCGAAAUGCAAACAGAUGAGCUCGAUGGUCCUAUUUAUUCUGGUUCGAGAAUAUUCGACGAAAGCGACAUUUUCCGAAGAGGACACUACGGAGGAGACCUGAGCGAGUACCAGAGGCAGCAGCUUCUCUCGCGAAUGUCAGGAGACAACAUCAAGCGACUCGCGUCAACAAAUCACCCUGAGUGGCGCAUCCGACGGUACAGGCGUGGAGAUGCUCCGUCACGAGUGGGGCCCAACCAUGCGCCGCAUGUUCAGUAUGCAGUAUCAACAGACUGCACUCGUGCAGGGGUCAAGCAGCGCAGUAGUCCGGAAGGUGCCAGAUUUUUCUGGUGUCUCGCAGGCGGUAAAGUCGGCGACGACUGCCCGCUAGUGCCUGAAAUUUGUCGAAGCGUGUUUCUGUGUCAGCCUAGCACAGGCGAGCAUCAAAGGCGAAUCAAUCAAGACAACGGCGUGGAAAUGCCGGAAGUAAGCAGGUAAUGGAUAGCUUUUGGCUUGCGUUUUGUCGGAUCGUUUUGAAUAGCCAAUCAUGCUGUUAAGAGUGUUGCUCUUUAGUUUUUAGAUGAAGCCUGUCUGAAACUAUGUGAGACGUGGCGUGUCGGUGCCAUGUUGAACAUCGGAAAACGCAUCAUCUCGGGCCACCGCUGUGGAUUCUAAAAGAUCAAACUCAGGCAGUGCCAGCCCCAACGAGUCGCAUCCAUCUCGUGCGCAAAUCUUAAACAGUCUCAGCUCAAAGAGAUAGCAGCGGCCUCAUCGUUAUAGAUCGCUUUCGUGUCACUGAUGGCCUGACUUAGGUAGGCUCUGCCUCAGAAUCAAUCUCAGCGGUGGCCUCGCUUGUCUCACUCGCUUGAAAUCGGGAGGGUUCUGAAGCUCAUACCCACGCGCAUCGAUUGAGAUCAUGGGCGGGAAUGUCGGCGAGAGUCUCGAGGGGAGGGCUCUGGCUCGAUCGCAAAUCAUCAGGCGUGAGCUCAAAUGACCAAACUUACUGUGUCGCCAUGAGUCGGAUUGAUCUAGGGUGAGCAUCUCACUCAGUGCCAGGGCAGUGAGGUCAAUAGUCCGACCAUCCAAAAACACAGGCUACAUCAAGAGCUGUGGAUUCGGCGCGCGAGGUUUCUCCUGAGUCACUGGGAUGAAGAUCCGAACGAAAAAGACGAGGCUACGAAACAGGCCAUCGCGAAACGAUUCAGAUCGUUUGUGGGUGUUUUGCAUGAAGAGCACCGCGCAGCUUGCGACGCAGAUUUUGCGCUGCAUAAGGAUCAGGAGACGCGUCGGAAAGAUCUGGAAACAGCAAAGACUGUGGCCACUUUGUCUGAUGAAGUGACCUGGUAUCUUUCUGCGUUGCCAACCUAUCCGUUGAGCAUGGUGGACGAAGUAGAUGAAGAGACUCAAUAUCAAUAA